AUGAAUCAAGUACUUAUUACAUUGCUUAUUUUUUCAUGUUGUUGUUCGAUAAUAUUGGUCAACUGUACAAGACCAGCUGAAUGUGAAUUAUCAUAUGAUACAGGUCCAUGUCGUGGAAUGUUUCAUUUAUUUUAUUUUAAUCCAGCAUCGGAGCGAUGUGAGCAAUUUGUUUAUGGUGGUUGUGGAGAAUAUUAUUUAUUUUUUAUCGAUAAUUGCUCGGGUUUGAACGUAUUAUUAUUAAACAAUUAUAGAAAUAUUUUAAUUCGUUUUUUUUUUCUUGUCAUUUUUCAUUUCGAUAAUGAUUCUUUAUUUCUAAAUAUUGUAAUCAUGCCCGAAGAACCAAUUCCAUUAUAUACAAUUAAAGAUGUUUGGGCACACAAUGUUGAAGAAGAAUUUCGUUCUAUACGAAAACUUAUUCUCAAAUAUCCUUAUGUUGCUAUGGAUACGGAAUUUCCGGGUAUUGUUGUUCGACCAUUAGGAGAAUUUAAAACAACAGCAGAAUAUCAAUAUCAAUGUUUAAAAUUAAAUGUUGAUUUUUUAAAAAUUAUUCAAUUAGGCUUAACAUUUAUGGAUAGUCAAGGACGAAGUCCACCAGGUGUUUGUUCAUAUCAGUUUAAUUUCAAUUUUAAUUUGGCAAUGGAUAUGUAUGCACAAGAUUCUAUAGAACUUUUACAAAAAUCUGGUAUACAAUUUAAAAAACAUGAAGAUGAAGGUAUUGAUCCACAUUUAUUUGCUGAAUUAUUAACAACAUCAGGUGUUGUAUUUAUGGAAAACGUAACAUGGCUUUCAUUUCAUGCUGGUUAUGAUUUUGGUUAUUUAUUAAAAAUGCUUACAGGAAAAUUAUUACCUGAUACAGAAAAUGAUUUUUUUGAAUUAUUAAAAAUAUUUUUUCCAACUAUUUAUGAUGUCAAAUAUUUAAUGAAGAGUUGUAAAAGUCUUAAAGGUGGUCUUGAAGAAGUAGCUAAACAACUUGAAAUUGAACGUAUUGGUCCCCAACAUCAAGCUGGUAGUGAUAGUCUUAUGACCGGAUUAUCAUUUUUUAAAAUGAAAGAAUUAUUUUUUGAAGAUUCAAUUGAUGAAGGAAAAUAUUCAGGACAUUUAUAUGGUCUUGGAAAUUCGGCAUUUCCAGCUGGUGGUUUUGGUGGUUAUGAAAAUGAUUUUAUUAAUGUUGUUGAGAAUGAAAGUCCAUAG